AUGGCGGGUCGGAGGAAUGCUGCGAUUGCAGCAGGAGCAGCUCUGAUACUGCUGCUCCUCGCAGUCUCCUCCUCCUCCUCCUCCUCCUCCUCCUCCUCCUCCUCCUCCUCCUCUUUGGCGUUUUCCUUCAGCAGAUCAUCAACGCGAGCUGUCGUGCUUUCACUUCAGAAUGCUAUUGAAGGAUUUAUGCAGUCACACAAUCUGAGUGAAGACCAAGAGCUUGCGCAAAGUGCUGAGAAUGAUCUUCAGAAGAAGAUUCAGCAAAAAGAGCGUGUGUAUGAGGUGACGGUUCCCAAGGGAGUCGAAGCGGGCCAAGACUUCGUGACUGCUGUACCUGGGCAUCGUGAACGAGAGAUUCUUGUGCCGUCAGGCGUCAAGCCUGGUGAGACUAUCAAGUUUGAAGUGAAGCAACGGUCUUCUACAAAACCUGUUAAGGACAGCACCACCAAACCAUCUGGUUUGUUUCAUCAAGUGCAGAGUGCGGCAUCGAAUGCGGUAAAGCAAGUGUACGACAUGUUCAAAAAGUCAAAAAUUCCCAAGAAGGAGAUGAUUAAGAUGCCAAGACUGCAAGCUCUGACUGGAAAAGCAAACCCUGAAUUUCUCUCGGCUGACCGAGUAUACAGCCUGGAAACUUCAAUCGAACAGCAGCGAUGUGCAAGCAUGUGCGGGAGUUGCAUAAACGCGGUGGAUACUUUGCAAACCGAACGAGACUGCAUACCAUGUAAACCUGUGUGCGAAAACAUCUUUGCGGGAAGAAAGGGCAUUAUCAGAAGCCUGUUCCCCGAGGACUUGAAACCUGCAAAGUCAAGCUCGGAGGCGUUAGGUGAAGUGCACAAGAAAAGCCCGUCAGCAUAUGCUCAGAGAAGAGGUUCUAGCACCGUGAUAACGCCGUGGGCUGGUCCUACUCUUCCUCCCACGCCAGACUCGUUUCAAGUCCCCACAACAUUUCAAGCAGGAGAUGCCUAUGAUAAGCAGCGCCUCCUCGCUCCUGGCCGCGGGCAGGUUCGGAUUGACCUCAGGAAAGCGGAUGAGCCUUUCCACACCGCAGCCUUCACCCGACCCAAGUUCAAGUCAGAGUUGCCAACCUUUGUCAUUGACUAUCCUGACAAGCAGAGCGAUCGUCCUCACUCGGAGGCAGCUCCUUCAUCGCCUUUCUUCCCUCUCUUCGGGUAUAACGUGGAGACUUCAGGUCUGCCCAGCUCGUUUCAGAGACCUCAGACGUACGGGAUGCCUGGAGAGGAGGUGGAGGAAGCAACUCCUCUUAUUCGGAAUGUUGGAUCCUCACAGAACGACUGGGACUCAAAGUACCCAAGCCUCCGACCUAUCCCCGCCCUCCCUCCGCUGAAGCAGCUUCAUCAUCCUGUAAAUAGACCACAAGAUGUCUUCAGACACUGGGACGGGAAGUCGAUGAGAGUGUUGAACGUUCUCCCAGAAACUCCUGGCGGAAUGAUCGAUCUCGAUCCUCAUAACUGGCGAUCAGCGCCGAAAGAGGAGGAGGUUCCAGCAGCUUUCUCAGAUGCCUACACCCAAGUAAGAGAGGGAAUGAACGCAGCGGCGAACGCGCAGCUUCACUUCCAUGCGGGUCGAAAAGAUGGCGUGAGCUACAGGGAGUACGGAGACCUUCCUUUGGUGAUCGCAAACCAAAUGAGCCCGUGA